GACGUCGCUCGCUACAGAGCAGAGGGGCUCCACGGGGAGAAGAAAUACAGUCGGCAUAUUAAUGGAACAGGUUGGCGUGUCCGCCCAAUAAGUUGAGGACUGUAAAAGUGAAUUCGCUUGUAAUCAAUGGCGUUUCAGGUUCGGCGUCUGUGAUUGACGCAUCUGUACAGAUGCUGGCCGCUUUGGUCGCGCCGGAGGAAGGAGAGGUUUUGACAUCGUUAGAUUUGUUGUUAUUAUAAUCAGCUGACCGGUGCUGAAAUCGUUCUGUUUGCUGUUUUCCAGAAAGCGUUGACAGCGAUGAGCGCUUGUCAGGACAAAACGUCUUUGAGUUGUUCGGAAAGCAGGGAAAAUGUCAGCGGGAAUGAAUGGGGAAGGAUGGAUGAUUCGUAUACGUCUUGCUUUGACGAGCCCAUGGGCGACGCGAUUCACGGCGGGAUGAAUGCGGUGCAGUCGGGCAUAGACGUGCAUCUGCCACUUCCCCUAGGCCAACGCGAACUGAUGCUAGGCCUGGUGGAAGAGGGUUUCCCCGUCUAUCAUGGCCGUCUCGGUUCUGAUCCGGACUCGGAUUAUCUCGACAUCCCCAGCGACCCGAACUACAGCGAGAGCGACGGGAACGUCACCACGAAAAAGCGCAACCGCUCCAACAGCUCGCGGCACCGCGGGGAAGUUGUAACGGAACUCGGACCCGAAGAGGUGCGCUGGUUCUACAAAGAGGACAAGAGGGCAUGGAAACCGUUUGUUGGACACGAUUCUCUGAAAAUCGAGUUGGCUUAUCGCAAAUUCUGCGAGCUUAACCCGAACGAGGUCAAACGGAGGGAUACCAGUGAAGAAGCGGAGGAUUUAUUCGAGUCUCCGUCAGAAUGUGAAGAACCGGCGGUCCGGAGACAGUCCGCGGCGGCGGCAGCAUCGGUACCGGGACCCGAGAGCUCGGAUGCGGGAUGCUGCUCAACAGACGAGACGGAGCUGGAGUCGGAAAGCAUAAAUGUGGAGGCAGUGUGUGUCCGUGGAGGACUCUACGAGGUGGACAUUAAAGGGAAAGACUGUUAUCCUGUAUACUGGAACCAACAGGACCACAUCCCGGUCAUGAGAGGCCAGUGGUUCACGGACGGUACCUGGCUGCCUCUGGAGGAAGAGGACAGUGACCUCAUUGAACUGGACCACCUGGCCCGUUUCCGAGGCCAGCAGAUGAAAGACACCUUCGACACGGAAGCGGUGGCCAUCACGGUGGACAGCAAAGAUGCCAUUCACAGUUUGAAACUGAGCCGGAGCCAUGUGGACUGGCACAGCGUGGAUGAAGUGUACCUUUACAGCGACGCCACCACCUCUAAGAUUGCACGAAGUGUCACUCAGAAACUGGGGUUCUCAAAAGCCUCCAGUAGUGGGACGCGUCUCCACCGAGGUUACGUGGAGGAGGCGGCUCUAGAGGACACGCCCCCUGAAACGACGCACAUAGUCUUUGUGGUACAUGGGAUUGGCCAAAAGAUGGAUCAGGGGCGGAUCAUUAGAAAUACAAGCAUGAUGCGUGAUGCUGCCCGCAAGAUGGAGGAGAAGCACUUUUCUGACCGAACAAAUGAACACGUUGAGUUCCUUCCUGUGGAAUGGCGAUCUAAACUCUCCCUUGAUGGAGACACCGUGGACUCCAUUACUCCAGACAAAGUGCGAGGUCUGAGAGACAUGCUGAACAGCAGUGCAAUGGACAUUAUGUACUACACAAGCCCUUUGUACAGGGAUGAGAUCACCCGGGGUCUAACCAAAGAGUUGAACCGACUUUACAUGCUCUUCUGCGAGCGCAACCCAGAAUUCGCAGAGAAUGGAAAGGUGUCCAUCGUCUCCCACUCACUCGGCUGUGUCAUCACCUUUGACAUCAUGACGGGGUGGGACCCUGUGCGCUUUGUUCACGAAGACGUGGCAGAUGCCGUGGAGGCAGAUGUAAGCAGACAAGAGCGUCAGCUACUGGAGGAUCUUCGUAUGACAUGCUUAAGAAUGAAGGAUUUGGAAGAUAAGCUUCAGCAUGUCCAAACCUCAUCCUCAAGACCCUCUCCAGCCCUGAAAUUCAAGGUGGAGAACUUCUUCUGCAUGGGAUCUCCUCUGGCUGUCUUCUUGGCUUUGCGAGGUGUCCGUCCUGGAGCCGACGGAACGCAGGACAACAUCCUACCUAAAUAUAUCUGCCAGCGGCUUUUCAACAUCUUCCAUCCCACUGAUCCUGUAGCAUACAGGUUGGAGCCUCUCAUCCUGAAGCAUUACAGCAAUAUAUCACCUGUCCAGAUUCACUGGUACAACACCACCAGCCCCACACCAUAUGACCAGAUCCGUCCCACUCUACUGAAUCCGUCAAAGGAAAGUGCCUAUGUGUCCGAUACGGAGAGCCUCCCGAGCCCAUGCACCUCCCCUCCACAGCCCCGCAGACACUACGGCGAGUCUAUUACCAACCUGGGCAAGGCCAGCUUCAUGGGAGCGGCAAGUAUAGGUAAAGGCAUCGGAGGUAUCCUGUUCUCCAGAUUUUCCCGCUCGAGUGGACAGGUGGGGGGUGUGGAGGAGGAGCCAUCAGACUCAGAAGGUGGGACAUGUGAGAAAGGGGAAGAGGGCAGAUCUGUGGAGUUAGACGAUAAACCGGAGGAGAAGAUUGAGGAGAAAAUCGAGGAGAAGGCAGGAGACACCAGCAUGUCGCAUUCGGCCUCUAUCAUUAUGGAUAACUCCUCCUUGGAGCUUGAGAAACGCAUCGACUUUGAGCUGAGGGAGGGCCUGGUGGAGAGCCGCUAUUGGUCAGCGGUGACGUCACACACAGCUUAUUGGUGCUCACACGAUGUGGCUCUGUUUCUGCUAACGUUCAUGUACAGGCCAAAUGAAGCGAAUGACAUGACAGAGGACAACUCUGAAUCAUAACACACACACACACAC